CUAGACCCUAGAGGGUGUGCCAAACCGCGGCGUAGCGAAUGCCUACACACCCAUCGUCAAUGUCAGGUUGCAAGAAAAAAAAAGGAAAAAAAGUCACCAGGUAUUCCCCAUCAGGUAUCCUGGUCUACAAUACCAUACUAUGUACCGGGGCGCGAGGCCAGGUCGGGGAAUUUCCCGACGGAUCAUCACGGCAUUAACGAGGGCCAGCUGUCUAUAUAGGCAUACAUUAUGCAUUAAUACCUACGUUGGGGUGCGAGGCGAUGAAUGGUGGCAUCCGCCUACGCCGUUUCGACGGAAGAAUCCAUACACGCCUACGGUGGGUAUGAUGUCGCCCGCGUACUUAUGUGGACAUCGCAGAGGACCCGGCCUGCCCUCUGGCCACAGACACGAGCGAAGCGGCUUGGGGGGCCCGCUCGCAUCGCUGAACGAGAAAUACGUGGGUACAGCUUCCUACCGGUAUCGUAUUGUUGUCCACGUGCGGCCAGGGAUCCCGUCUCGAAGCUGGCCGCGGUCAGAGCGUCGCUCAGGGGACCCGCCCCAGCUCCUUUGACGUACGCGACGGCUCGGCGUCUGCAGCCCGCCGCAUCGAGCCGCUGGCCAUGGGAAGACUUCGCUGGCCGUCACGACGAUGCGGUCAACGACGAUAUCCAUACGUGCGCAUUUAUACGAGUAGGGCGUUCUGGUUCCACAGUCGACGCCGAAGCUAGCCAGACCUGCUGGUCAUCAAUAAAAUGGUGCCGUACAGACCUACGUGAUCGGGGGCCAUCGAGACCGUCCGAGGCCCAUCGUACCACCACGAAGGGGAGUGGCCAGUGGUCAGUAACGCUAGACGAGACAACAUUGGACGACGACGGCGGCGGCUCAGGGGACAUGCCUACCACCUUAUCUGGCCCAUCUGCCCCCCACCCCUCCAUCCGCGUACAUACACGCACGCACCCAGCACCCAGUAGUAGUGGUGAUGUGGUUGACACCAGGUGGCAUCGGCAGUAAUAGCGGUAGGAAUACUACGUUCGACACCGCGAAGGCAACGCACGCAGGCUCCGGCAUUUCUUCUAGCGUAACGAAACCGACGGAGAGCCAGCCUUGAAACGAUCGCCAUCAGGCCAGUCGCAUACCCGCUUCCUUGCUGGUUUAGGGAGGUAGCUGUGAGCUCCUGGACUUUCUUGUUGAUUUCUUUUUUCCCUUCUUCUUCGGGAUUGUCAUCAUUUGCGGGAGACGCGUCUCAUUGGCGCGCAAUCUCCAUCCAGCAUGUCUGGUCGGCGCGCGGGAGGGGAUCCCUCCACCGAGUCCUACCCACGACAUCUCUGACGAGCAACUAUCACCGGCCGGCCAGCCAGUCAGCGAACCCCCGUCUCCGAUUGGCUCGUUUGCCGUCGACCUGGGACGUCGUUGACGAAAAGACCUCGCUUCGGCGCGUCUCGACGACCGUUCGUCACCUCGUCAGCCUAGCAGUUGGUUGGCUGGUUGGCAGGCUGCCUCCUCCGGAUCGCGAGGCGGCUGCACAUGCCGGCGUGGGGUUACAGCGGUGCCUAAUACGCGAACAGGCCUGGUUAUACGUGAACCGGAGGGCCAAGCAUCGUUGGGU